UCACGUUGACGUCAGAGCGUGGGCGGUAUGGAAAGGCUUCGUCGUUGACAGUGGGACGGGGAGCCGAGAUGGGCAGAAUGUCUCUGGCUGCUUAUUGUGUGGUUUGCUCUAGAAAGAUAGGAACUUUAGGUUCAUCAUGGAAAGUUGGUCAAUCAUGGAAAGAUAUCAGAAAAAUUGCGAAGUUAACUGGCUCACUUAUUCUGGGUGGCUGUAUCUUUGCUACUUACGAAGUUCUGACUUUAAGGAAAUUAUUCUCUUUUGAUACCCAAGUGGUGCAACAAGAAAAACUGAAAUCCUACAUCUACUUACGAACAGUUUCUUUAGAUCAAAGUGACUACCAAGGAGUUAUAUAUCAAGUGAGAAAGAAGCUUCACAGAGCAGCCAGGAAAAUUCUAGAAAUGAAUGCUCGAAUCUUCCGAAAGCCCUUUGAUGAACGCUUCAGUACACUUGAUGCAGAAGAGCGUGAUUAUGCCUUGUGGCUGCUUGUGAAAAGAAGUCAAUCAAAAGAUAAAAUGGUCCGAUUACAAGCUGUGCAGGAAUUGGCCUCCAAUCGUUACUGGCAUGAUUAUCAGUACAGGACAGUUGCCCAAACAAGCGACCAGAGAACUGCUGUUGCUUUAGCUCGAAGUAAAGAUGUUGAUCUGCGAUUUUUCCUGCCUCCUCAUCUUUUACUGAAACCAAAGGAUGCUUGUUGCUUAGAAGAUGAAAUUCGACUGCUGCUGGCAGCUUUACCUCAAACAGAUCUUGACCAGUGUGUACAGUAUUUUACCUCUUUAGCUUUAAGAGAAAGCAGCCAGACCAUAGCUGCCCAAAAGGGAGGCUUAUGGUGUUUUGGAGGUAAUGGGCUUCCAUAUUGUGAAAGUCUUAGUACCAUUCCUGCAAAGACCGUGGAACUUUUCUGUCUGCAGGCUUUAGUGGAGCAUUCCAAGAUUCCUAGCCAUUGUGAUAAAAUUGAAUCAAACAAGGGACUUCAACUCUUGCAGAAAUUGUAUCACCUUCGUAGAGAUUCUCCCAAGAUACAAAGAAGCAUCAUUCACAUAAUUGGAAAUAUGGCUCUAGAUGAGCGUCUUCAUGCAUCUAUAACACGUGCAGGAUGGGUUUCUGUACUAGCAGCUAUGAUGAAGUCUCCACGUGUCAUGGAAUCCUCCCAUGCUGCAAGAGCCUUGGCUAAUCUGGACAGAGAAAUGGUGCAAGAGAAGUAUCCAGAUGGUGUAUACAUUUUACACCCACAACAUCGAGCCAAUGAGCCCAUUAAAGCUGAUGUCCUUUUUGUUCAUGGCCUUUUGGGAGCAGCAUUUAAAACAUGGAGGCAACAGGAUCUUGAGCACUCUGCAGACGAGAAAGACAUGGAUGCAGAAGAUGACUACAGUGAAUGUUGGCCAAAAACUUGGUUAGCAUCUGACUGCCCAUCACUUAGAAUUAUAUCUGUGGAAUAUGAUACCCACCUUAGUGACUGGAAAACGAAAUGUCCUGUACAGAGCUACAAAGAAUCUCUUGCAUAUCGAAGUACUGAGCUUCUCGAGAAACUAAGAGCUGCUGGUAUUGGAGACAGGCCUCUCAUAUGGCUGUCACAUAGCAUGGGUGGUCUUCUAGUCAAGAAAAUGCUGUUGGAUGCUUCUACAGACCCUGAAAUGGCUUCCAUAGUAAACAGCACACAGGGAAUUGUAUUUUAUAGUGUUCCUCAUCACGGCUCCCGGUUGGCUGAAUAUUCAGUAAAUAUUCGAUUUCUGCUCUUUCCUUCUGUGGAAGUUAAAGAGCUCAGCAAAGAUUCACCUGCCCUUAAAGCACUGAAUGAUGACUUCAUCUCAUUUGCCAAGAAUAAGAACUUUCCAGUAUUGAGCUUUGCAGAAACUUUACCAACACGAGUCGGCAGAAUGCUAAAUCUGCAUGUUGUGCCAGUGGAAUCUGCAGAUUUAGGCAUUGGAGAACUCAUUCCGGUAGAAGUUAGCCAUCUCAACAUUUGCAAACCGAAGAACAAAGAAUCUUUCCUCUAUCAACACACCUUAAAGUUUAUUCAAGAUUCUCUAGGAAGAGAGCUGGGAAAUCACUGAAUGGAAAAGCUACACAUAUUUGUUCUUUUACUGGAGUGUAACACCACUCCUCUGUUGAAUCUGGGCCUCUACUGACCAGGCUACAGUUUUAUUGCAGUCAAGUUGAUUUUUAACAUCUCCUAGUGGCAGACCUUGGGUGUAUAUCUAGUGCUGUAUAUUCUACAAUCAUUUUUGUUCUUUUUGAGUUCCAUUCAACUCUUGACAAGGAAGCAGUUAUCUGAGCUCCUAAAAGGUCUUUUCACUGUUCUGAAAGAAUGUAUGUGCAUAAGUGUGUAUGGGUAUACAUAUACUUCAUAUAAUAUGUUCUGUAAACAUAUAGAAUGUGUGUUUUACCUAAAAAGGUCUUCCUUCCCUGCUCAGUAUAGAAACAAAGCUGCCAUGCCGUUAAUGCUUAUCUUAUGCUUUACGCAGCUACCGACCCCGGGUGGGUGGGGACACUUGACCCUGUUUAUACUGUGCAUACUGGAGGGAGCAAAUGCACUAAUGCUAUAAAUCUGUUCUCCCACGCUGAUGUACUUAUGCAUGCACCCUGCAUAGUAUCAGAUACUUUAAGGAAAUUCUGAUGGUAUUUUGAAUAUUGUAGAAAAAAUGGUGUAACGACAACUCAAGCUGCACCCUGGCUUGUAUUUGCAUCUGGUUGCAAACAGAAAACAAGGGUAUAAACGUGCUACUGUAUAUUCUUUGGAAAGCUGUUACAAGCCCAUAACUAUUUACUCCAAAGAACUGGAGCAAUUCCUUAGUUCUUUGAUGACUGAUUUCUCUGUGGUCAUCUUAUGCCAAAAUGCCUCAUGAAGUAACAAAACUUCAAAUUGUUGCUUGAUUCUGCAUGAAAGGCUGAAUUAAUAUAGGGAGCAUUCACUGUGAUUGAGAUGGAUCAGAAUUAUGUCUUUACCACUUAAAUUUUUGUAAAAUUCAGAAGAUGAAACAUGAGCCCAAUGUAGUCUGAAAAGCCUGCCAAAUGUAUACCGCAAUACUGAAAAUGCAAAGCACUCCAGUAGAGUAGGAAUUCUUUCCUUUGGCUAAUGCCAUGUAAGUAUUUUGAAUCUUAGGUAAUAUAAUGUAUAAACCAAUCCUCUGACCAACCUGCAGUUGCUCAGUUCCAACAUGAAGCCAAACCAUGGCUUGAUUUUUCAUGUAAAUGAAGAAAUUCCUCCUGAA